AGCUUUUCAGAUGACCACACAAUCAUGAGAAACGUCACAUUGUUACUGGACAAACUACUACAGAAAUACGAAAAGUCAGUACGCCCGGGCAUCGGAGGUCAACCAUUGGUAAUAAAAACCAACAUGCUGAUCAGGAGUAUUGGCCCAAUCACAGAAUCGGAGAUGACAUAUUCCCUUCAGUGCUAUCUGCGACAGAGCUGGCAUGACGAACGUCUAAAAUUUGACCUUCCAAACAUCACCGAGGUCACUUUGAGUAACUCCUUCCUCAAGGAUAUCUGGAAACCCAACACGCAUUUCCUUAAUGGUCGCUUGUCCGUCCAACCAAACAUUACAGUUCCGAAUGCAUUCGUUCGAAUCCGAAAAGAUGGCAGUAUUUACAUGUCCAGACGGUUAACUAUUAAUGCCAAAUGUCCAAUGAAUCUCCUAGACUACCCAAUGGAUGCUCCCGUUUGUCCACUUCUAUUCGGAGGAUAUGGAUAUACGACGGAUGAAAUUAUUUACAAAUGGCAAGCUCCGAACAAGUCGGGAGUAGAAAUAUAUGAUGACGUCACUAUGUCACAGUUUGACAUUGCUUCUAUCUGGACAAAGAAUAAUACCUACUCCAGUGCUAUUGGGACGUACUCCUGUCUUGAAGUAUAUUUCCAUCUGAAGAGGCAUAUUGGAUUUUUCAUGCUGCAGACUUAUCUCCCUUGCACACUGAUCGUCUGCUUGUCUUGGGUCUCUUUUUGGAUAAAUCGAGAUGCUGCACCUGCGAGGGUUCUUCUAGGAGUGACGACAAUCUUGUCCACUGCAGCAGUGGGUCUGAUUCAGAGAGACGGUCUUCCUAGGGUUCCAUACGCUACAGCUCUUGAUGUUUUCCUGAUUGUUUGUAUUUGUUACAACCUGGCUGCCAUUAUACAGUACGCCGCCGUCAAUUACUUCACCAAAAUUAUUCCUAAGGAAGGCAGCACCUCAGACGAUGAAGGUGUAAAAACAGAAGACACAGCAGAAAACCAAAAUGGGGUUAAUUUGUCGAAAGUACCGAGAAAGACACGGAGCAGAUGUCCGUUGUUAUUCUGUAAAUGUCUCAUAGGAAACUUCCGGUUCCGAUAUGACAUGGUGGCAUCCGCUGAUACCGCAUCCGGAAAUAGUGUCAGUUAUAUAGACAUCCUAUCUAGAUACAUAUUUCCGUUUUCAUUCUGUCUGUUUCAGGCCUUUUAUUGGGCUUGGUAUCUUGGGCUGAAACCAUAUUGA